AUUUGUGCAAGCAGAGUCGAGGAGUGCCCGUCUUCCAGCCAAGUUAAAAAGUGGGUAACGGGACAUUUUAAAAACGUCUUCAUUUACAUGAAGGCUGUUAAGAAAACGCAAGAAGAGAAGACUAAUUAUACUCUGAAGAAUCUCCAACCACGUUUUGUGCCACCAUCCUUUAAGGGAGGUGGCAAUUAUUCCCGAUCAGGUUACUGACGUUGAGGGGAAGCGACCACGGAGAAGAAUGUGACCUCAUGCGCAGAAUACUGCAUUUUGAGAUGAAUGAGCUAUGACGCGCCUUUAGUAAAGGCAGCAGAGGACAGCGGUCGUAUCUGAAGAGUAUUUCGCUCAAGAGUACGUGACAGAACCUUCACGUAUCCAGAAUCCUCCACCAGCAAAACUACCCUCAUCAUUCCGCCCGCCCCCGUGAAAAGAGCCCGCAGCUCUGAGUCGGUUACUUUACUACCUGAGAUAUAAACUGAUUGACUGGGUCAGUCCCGCCCUUGGGAAUGACGCAGACAACUUCUGUUUGAUAGGCAGGUACGCUCGGACGCGGCCAUGUUGGGAGCGGAAGUGAAGUGAGUAAUAGCCCCAGCCGCGGGAGAAGCGUUGAGAUUAGAUUUACCGAGCGGCGAAAGCCUCCAGUUGAACAUCUGCUCCUACGCCGGCGUGGGUACACUUGCCUCAUCCGGAGGGGUAGGAGCUGCAUCUCCGGUAGUCUCCUCCCUUGCCGGGGAGGAAAAUAACGAAGAGGGAUCCUAUGUCUUGGUGUUCCUGAGGGGUGGCAGGAGACAACGGCGGGAGCUUGAAGUUAAAGAAGAAAGAUGCCUUUGGCACAGUUGGCGGACCCCUGGCAGAAAAUGGCUGUGGAGAGUACGGCCGAGAGCGGCAGCAACGUCGAGGAAGAAGGCAAUAUUAAAGAGAUUGCAAUAACAUAUCAUGUCAAAGAAGGGCAUGAAAAAGCAGAUGCUUCACACUUUGAACUCCUUAAAGUACUAGGCCAGGGAUCUUUUGGAAAGGUAUUUCUUGUGAAAAAAAUCUCAGGAUCGGAUGCCAAACAGCUGUAUGCAAUGAAAGUGCUUAAAAAGGCAACAUUGAAAGUUCGUGAUCGUGUUCGGACAAAAAUGGAACGUGACAUCUUAGUAGAAGUUAACCAUCCCUUUAUUGUCAAGUUACAUUAUGCUUUUCAAACAGAAGGGAAGUUAUAUCUUAUUUUAGACUUUCUCAGAGGAGGCGAUUUGUUUACACGCUUAUCCAAAGAGGUCAUGUUCACAGAAGAUGAUGUCAAAUUUUAUUUGGCUGAAUUAGCACUCGCUUUAGACCAUCUGCAUAGUCUUGGGAUAAUAUACAGAGAUCUAAAACCAGAAAACAUACUUCUUGAUGAAGAAGGUCAUAUUAAAUUAACAGAUUUUGGCUUAAGCAAAGAAUCUAUUGAUCAUGAGAAAAAGGCGUACUCCUUUUGUGGAACAGUGGAAUAUAUGGCCCCAGAAGUAGUUAAUCGGCGAGGUCAUACACAGAGUGCAGACUGGUGGUCAUUUGGUGUGUUAAUGUUUGAAAUGCUCACUGGUACUCUACCUUUUCAAGGGAAAGACAGAAAAGAAACCAUGACUAUGAUUCUCAAAGCCAAACUUGGAAUGCCCCAGUUUUUAAGUCCAGAAGCUCAAAGUCUUCUUCGAAUGCUUUUCAAAAGAAAUCCUGCAAAUAGAUUAGGAGCAGGUCCCGAUGGAGUUGAGGAAAUUAAGAGGCAUCCAUUUUUCACCACAAUAGACUGGAAUAAAUUGUACAGAAGAGAAAUUAAUCCACCAUUUAAACCUGCAACUGGUAGACCUGAGGACACUUUUUAUUUUGAUUCUGAAUUUACAGCAAAAACACCAAAAGAUUCACCUGGUAUUCCACCAAGUGCUAAUGCUCAUCAGCUUUUCCGGGGUUUCAGUUUUGUAGCUAUUGCAUCAGAUGAUGAAAAUCAAGCUAUGCAGACAUCUGGUGGGCAUUCAAUAGUUCAGCAGUUGCACAGGAACAGCAUUCAGUUUACUGACGGAUAUGAAGUCAAACAAGAUAUAGGAGUUGGAUCCUAUUCCAUUUGCAAGAGAUGUAUACAUAAAACCACAAAUAUGGAAUAUGCUGUAAAGAUUAUAGACAAGAGUAAGAGAGAUCCUUCAGAGGAAAUAGAAAUAUUGCUACGAUAUGGACAGCACCCAAAUAUUAUUACUCUGAAAGAUGUAUAUGAUGAUGGAAAAUGCGUAUUUCUGGUAACAGAACUCAUGAAAGGAGGAGAACUGCUGGACAAAAUCCUUAGGCAAAAAUUUUUUUCUGAAAGAGAAGCUAGUGCUGUGUUAUUCACAAUUACAAAAACUGUUGAAUACCUUCAUGCACAAGGGGUUGUACAUAGAGAUUUGAAGCCUAGUAAUAUCUUAUAUGUUGAUGAAUCAGGCAAUCCAGAAUCUAUUCGAAUUUGUGAUUUUGGCUUUGCAAAGCAGCUGAGAGCAGAAAAUGGCCUCUUAAUGACACCCUGUUACACAGCAAAUUUUGUUGCUCCAGAGGUAUUAAAAAGGCAAGGAUAUGAUGUAGCAUGCGACAUAUGGAGCCUUGGUGUCCUUCUAUAUACAAUGUUGACUGGUUAUACUCCCUUUGCAAACGGUCCUGAUGAUACUCCAGAAGAAAUUUUGGCACGAAUAGGUAGUGGGAAGUUUUCUCUCAAUGGUGGAUACUGGAAUUCUGUCUCAGAAACAGCAAAGGACUUAGUUUCGAAAAUGCUUCAUGUUGACCCUCAUCAGAGACUGACUGCUGCUCAAGUUCUAAGGCACCCAUGGAUAGUUCACUGCGAUCAGUUGCCUCAGUACCAACUCAACAGGCAAGAUGCUCCACAUCUUGUGAAGGGUGCCAUGGCAGCUACAUACUCAGCACUGAAUCGCAAUCAGUCCCCGGUUUUGGAGCCAGUGGGUCGCUCUACGCUUGCUCAAAGAAGAGGAGUAAAAAAAAUUACCUCAACUGCUCUAUGAAAUGACCUCAUGUAAAAAAAAUGGUACCACAAUGAGUUGAUAGCACAAAUUAUGGCAACAGAUAGCACCCCAAUUACCUGAAAGCACACUCUUCCAGCUGGUACUGUUAUGCUGCUGCUGCUGCUCUUGCUUUCAUCUUUUGAAAACUGUUAAAGCAAAACAUUUUCCUUCAAGUGGAGAAAAAAGCGGAAUCAGUGGUGAAAAAAACUAUCAAUGGAAAUAAUUACGAACACCUCUUGUUACAAUAGAUACACUGAAAAAAGCACUCUGCACCAUAUAGCAUUAUUUUUAUAGGGAAUCUUUUUCCUCCCUUUAAAAUAAUUAUUUGAUACAUGUAAGGAUGGACAGUUUAUGUUAAGCACUUACCUUAAAAUAUGUUUAUAUUAGCACUGUAAUUUGUGCCAUCCAGUGUUUUAUAUGUUUUGUAUAUUUUUCCUAACAAUACACUUCAAUACAUUGUUUCCUUCUCUUUAGAUUAAUUGAUUUGACAAUUAAAUCUGAUUAAAAUAUUAAUCAGUAUGAUUGGACAUCUCUAAAACAGCUUGACUGUUAAACAGCUAUUGAAUGUAAUUCUGUGAAUAUGUAUUUCCUUACUUGGAUUUUUCCAUGGACACAUUAUUAGAAAUCUUGAGAAUUGUUAAAGCAUUUAAUGGUAUAACUGGCAUAUUUUAAUCACAUAUGUAGUUUGCUAUGUAUGGAAGCAAAAAGGAUAUGCAUAUCGUCAUGAUGUGUGUCUUUUGGUGAACCUCAGAAACUAUGGCUAAAUAGUUUAACUUUGGUUCAGCUGAUGUUAAUUGUAACUGGUUUUUCUUUGUUGCUUAAGCAGCAAUAGCAUUUAUUGCACAGUGCUGAUCAGAAAAUGGAGAGGGCAGAAAUGUAAUGUUUAAGCUGAAAUAGUGCUUUCUCCAAUAAUAAUGUUAGAUCAUUUUGUGGCUAAAAAUUAACAGCAGGUCUGUUAUAUUUGGGCCACUAUAGACAAAAGGAGCAUUGAGUACAAAUUGAAUGGAAUGUGUCCCAGUGUCUUCAACUUUUCUAGUGGCUCUGCCUUCAUAGUUUGGCAUGUUCCUAGAUUACAAACUUGAAGAAUGCUGUAUAAUCAGAUGCUAAGAUUGCAAUCCUAAACACACAUACUAAACAUAGAACUACUUCUGAGGUUGUUUUUAUCAUUUUCAUGGGGACUUGGGAAAACUUUCACCACUUUAAAAUUGUUUUGGGAUCAGAUAUGUGAGAUGUUAAACUUUUAUGUAUUGCAAUAUAUUGUAUGCUGAAGAAAUGAAGAAUUUUGGGUGGCUCAUAAGAAAUCUGCCAAAGAAAUUACUCUUUAUACAGUAGUAAUAUUUCUUUAUUGUCUUGCAUUUUGCCAAUAAGUUAGUCUCAGAUCAUUGUGGUAGAUAAGCAAAGUAGGAAAUGAAAAUAUAUCUUUUUUUAAUAUCAAA